AUGUCAAUUGAAAUCCUGACAACUGCCUCCGACGAUGGCAAUGUCCUGGCUGACAUUUUCUUCGCCGCAUUCAACACCGACUUUGACCGUCGUAUUCUCCCUCCUACUCCUGACGUCCGGGACUGGCUCACCGCCAAAUUCAACCGCGUCAGUAAAGCGCAAUAUGUGAGUCCCGCGGGCUCAGUUCUCAUUAAGGCGGUUGAUACGACUACCGGUGAUAUUGUUGGAUUCGCACAGUGGAAACUUCCUCCCAUUGAGUUAUCCACGCCCGGGGAAAAUGUAGACAAGGAAAAACAGGUGACGUGGCCGAAGAGUGGUGACACUGCACUGUGCGAGAAGCAUUUCAAGGCUAUAGAUGAAAAAGAGGAGGAGUUUAUGGGAUCAACACCACAUUUCUCAUUGGAGAUGCUCGCAACUCACCCCAAGUUUGGUGGAAGGGGAAUAGGCAGUCAGCUUUUAGGCUGGGGACUAGAGCAGGCUGAUGACGAGCGUACACCUACAUUCUUAACAGCGACCGUGGCUGGCAAGCCCUUGUACGAAAAGAAGGGAUUCCAGGUUGUGGGGUCAAAUGAGAUCACGGAGGGAUUCGUCCAGAUUUACAUGGUUAGACCGGCGAAGGCCUAA